UCGCCGACGGAGACCGGCGGAGCGUUCCCCUUUAAACACGGUCUUAUGACUACAGGCUGCCUCAGUGAGAGACGACCGGAGGACCGGACCACAGACUGACAGCCGGGGAAAAGCAGGGGACUGACUCAGUGACAAGAAACCGGUGACAGUGACUGACAGCCGGGGACAGCAGAGGACACAUCUCCCCCUGAAGAGGCUGAAUGGUUGGUGCCAGUCCGCGAGAACAAGUGGAGUUAAACGGAUACUACCUCACCUGUCUGCAGGAUUUAGUUUCCCUGACCACCAGUUGCACCCUGAGGACACUUCCCCUCCUGCAGCUCUGAGGAAAUGUGUCGCCUGCCGGUGGCUUCACUCUUCAUUUGCUUCUGGUUGGUGGAGAGAAGCCACUGCAACGGCAGCCUUCAGGACAGCAUGGGAGAGCUGCACACCAGGUUUGCUGUCAGCCUCUAUCAGACGCUCACCGAGACAGAGAACAACUCUAACCUGAUCGUGUCUCCAGUGAGCGUCUCCUUGUCUCUGGGGCUGCUGCAGCUCGGUGCCAGGGGCAACACGCUGGCUCAGCUGGAGGGAACACUGGGAUACAACGUGAACGACGCCCAGGUACAAGACUUCCUGUUGCACUCGCAGGGCGACAUGAGCAACACCAGCCAGGGGAUGUGGCUGCACCAGACCUGCACAUUAUUCAUCCAGAGCGGUGUCCAGCUCCUGACUGAGUUCACCCAACACGCAGCGGCCUGGGCAAACACCAGUGUGGUCCGAGCCAACUUCAGCCAACCCAACCACACUCGCAACCAGCCGGAGAGAUCGGGGCACAACCAUGAUGAGACGUGGCCCCUCCAGGCAGGAAGCAGCAGCGGGGAGCUGUCGGGCUCGGGCGAGGCCCAGGCAGAGGCCCUGUGGUGGGGCCACCGGCUGCAGAUGGCCCUGGUCAACACAGUGGCCUUCAGGGGUGUCUGGCAGAAACAGUUCCUCUUCACCAACACCCAGAACCUCCCCUUCACCCUCUCUGACGGGAGUACCAUCAAGGUGCCCAUGAUGUAUCAGGCUACAGAGGUCAGCUUUGGUCAGUUCAGGACGGCAUCAGACCAGCGUUACACCGUGUUGGAGCUUCCGUACCUGGGCCGCUCUCUGAGCCUGCAGGUGGUCCUGCCCAGCGAGAGGAAGACGCCGCUGUCCUCCCUCGAAUGCCAGCUCACUGCUCGCCAGCUGGCGUCCUGGGACACUGGCCUGCGCAGAACCAAGAUGGACAUUUUCCUACCCAGGUUCAGAAUGCAGAACAAGUUCAACCUGAGGUCAGUGCUUCCUGCCAUGGGCAUCAGUGACGCCUUUAACCCGACAGCUGCUGACUUCACUGGAAUAUCAGUGGAGGAGGGUCUUUAUGUGUCCGAUGCCUUCCAUGAAGUGAGGAUAGAAGUCACAGAAGAUGGGACAAAGGCAGCUGCUGCCACAGCUAUGGUGCUACUCAAACGAUCCCGUGCUCCUGUCUUCAAGGCGGACCGGCCGUUCUUAUUUCUGCUACGACAAGUUAACACAGGAUCCGUCUUAUUCAUGGGCCGAGUGAUGAACCCAGCUGACCAAGCGCCCUAAAAAAAAAACACACACACACACACACACAC